AUGACUCAAGCUGAGUUGACCGAUCUGAUAAACACACGUGUGGCUGAGGCUCUGGCAGCCUACCAAGCUGGUCAGCCAGCGCAACACCAAAACAACCAGCCUGCUUGCACGUUUAAGACAUUUAUGGACUGUAAGCCCCAGACCUUCACUGGGACUGAAGGGGCUGUGGGACUCUUGCGAUGGUUCGAGAAGGCUGAGUCGGUAUUUGCUAUGUGUAACUGUCCUGCUGGGGACAGGGUGAAAUAUGCUACGGGCACGCUUGCGGACGGUGCUCUAACAUGGUGGAAUACCCAGGUUCAGAUGUUGGGUAUUGAGAUGGCAAAUGCUACCACCUGGGAUGACUUUAAGGAACUGAUGAGGGAGGAGUACUGCCCUCGAGAUGAGAUCCAGAAGCUGGAGAAUGAGUACUACAAUCUGAAAAUGCAGGGAUCUGAAAUCGAAGCAUACACGAGGAGGUCUAAUGACUUAGCAACCUUGUGCCCUAACCUGUCUCGACCGCCACCUCGUCGAAUCGAGUUGUAUCUCAAGGGCUUAGCCCCAGCUGUUAAGGGGUAUGUCACUGCUGCAAACCUAGACAAUUUGCCUCGUAUUGUUCGUUUGGCACACAAGAUUACUGAUCAGGAGGUCGAAAGUGGCAAUUUGCCGCCACGUGUCUCGGCUACUACCUCGACUGCCACCGCUACCACACCUGCCAGUGACAAUAAGCGCAAGUGGAACGAUACCGAUAAAGCAACUAGUGCAAGUCAACCCCAGAAAAGGACUGAAACCAGCAACAACCGUAGUUUUAGUCAGUCUUUUUCAGUUAAUCAAGGUUCGGGCGGCAGCCAGAAUCAGGGUACUUAUGUCGGAAAGAAGCCACAGUGCAGCAAGUGUGGCUAUCAUCACUAUGGACAGUGUGUCCGGGCUUGUCGUAGAUGCGAGAAAUUGAACCAGAACGCAAACGACAAUAACCGUCAGAAUAACAACAACAAUGCUGGAAACAACAACAACAAUGGCAACAACGGGAGCAACGGUGCUCGUGGUAGGGUGUUCACGAUUGGGGCUGGGGAUGCUAGGAACGACGGCAAUGUCGUGACUGGUACGUUUUCUGUAAACAAUCUUAUUGCUUCUGUGUUAUUUGAUUCCGGUGCCGAUUGGAGUUAUGUGUUCCUAGAGUUUAGUCAGAAACUAGGGUCAACCCCCACACCUUUAGAGGUUAAGCAAGUAGUAGAACUGGCGGAUGGUAAAACGAUAGAAGCUUCGCAUGUCCAUUUUGGGUGUAAACUAGAUCUCGUGGGUCAAAUAUUUGAUAUUGACCUCCUUCCUGUUACCCUCGGUAGUUUCGACAUAGUGGUUGGUAUGGAUUGGCUAUCUAAGCACCAAGCUGAGAUUCUGUGUAAGGAAAAGAUUGUGCGUAUCCCUAUACCUGAAAGAGAGCCAUUGUUGGUUCAGGGACAUCGCAGUGGUGCGAUGGUUGGUAUUAUUUCAGCUAUGCAAGCGCAGAAAUGUCUACGAAAGGGGUAUCCUUCUAUUUUGGCACUUGUUACGGAUACUCCGUCAGGAGAAAGAAAGAUCGAGGAUCUGCCAGUGGUACGCGAAUUCGCCGAGUUAAAGAAGUGUUUGUCCGACGAAACACUGGUCGUACCAUUUCAGGAACUGAAGAUCGACGACAAGAUGCAGUUUGUUGAAGAACCAAUUGAGAUUAUGGACCGGGAAGUUUAG